CCAUGACAACCAGACAAACGCCAUGCUGAUGAAUAUCAUGUGGGUGAUCAAAAGCUCCAGAACAGCUACUAAAUAGACCUUGUGGUGAGAUUGUUUCUCAACUGCUGUUACCAAGGUCAAGAUUGAUCUGAACUUAGGUCCACCUAGUAGCUUUUUUUCUGAAGCUUUCAACCACAUCUCACAGUCUUCCUGUGGAGUUAUGAAUAAUGUAUGAGUGAAAUAGUCUUUGAAAAAUAAUGGAGCAAUUCAGCAGCAGGAAGCCUUCAUACAUGGAAACCCUUCCUACUCUGACUGAUGGUUCAUGGUUGCCAUGACAACACCAAGCUCUACGGAGCUAGCUACUUUGUUCUGCUCGGUUCAAGACGUCCUGAAAUCGACAAAGCCGUCAUCAUGUCUGACCUGCUUAAAGACAAAUCCCAAAGAAGAGAGAAGAGGGCAGGCAAGUUGCCCUCAGAGGGAAGCCAUGGAGUCAGAGGCAAAGAAACAACUGGCAAGACUAAGGACUCUAUAAGUACUGUGUCGUACAUAGAUGAACUAGCACACCAUGAUGACAACCCUCGGAUGGCCGUAACAAUGGAGAACACCUACCAGAUGGACAUACUGAAGGAUGUACUUACCAGUUACCUCCAAGAGGAGGAAUAUGAAGGAGAGUGGUCUCAAAAAAUGACAAAAACAAUAUCUGAGGUGAUAAGAGCCCGUGUGAAGGACCUCAUGAUUCCCCGAUAUAAGAUUGUCGUCCUGGUCCACAUCGGCCAGCUCACCGGGCAGAGCAUGCAAAUCAGCAGCCGCUGUCUGUGGGAUGCAGCUAAUGACACCUUCGCCUCCUACUCCUUCAAGAACAGCUCUCUAUUUGGGGUGGCAACUGUCUACGCUGUUUACUUUGAGUGAAUCAUGCAGACAUUGAAUAGACUCUGAUAAGAACACAAGGGUCGCUUUAGUUACGCAUUUCUCACAGUUACGAAAGAAAUUGCUGCUGUUGAAGAGUUCUGUAUGUUGUAUAUUUUUCCAUGUAUAAAAUGAUAAAACAAGAAUUUGUAAGUAAAA